CUGGAUGUUACAUCUCCAUCUUUCCCCUCCCCCCCAUGACCCGUGCGAUUCCCGUCGAGCUUUGGGAUAACGUCGCAAGCUGUCUUCGAGCUCAUGACCUUGCCUCCUUGGCACUCGUUGACGCGCAUCUGUCCUCGAUCGCACUUCGCGCCCUGUACCGCGACAUCGUCAUCUCGCGCUCCAGACUCCCAGGGCACGCGUCGCUUUCGACCCUCAUCCUCCUUUCCCGGCGCAGGGACCUCUCCAGCUAUGUCCGGCACUUUUCCCUGAAUCUAUUUUCGGGAAAGGACGCGACACCGGGUCCUCUGGGCGCCUUCUACCGCCAACUGGCCAUUGCGCUGUCGAGCAUGCCCGGCCUCAUCACCCUGGAUCUCGCCGUAGAUGAGACAGCGGGUUGGAUCCUGCCAGGCAACCUCAUGUAUCCUCGGCUACAGUCCUUCUCUUCUUCGUUUCCAUUGGAUGCACGCGUUCUCCGUUGGCUAGCAAACGUCCCAGUUCUUCGCGCCCUCCAAGUCGGAGACUCCCCGUCUCUUUCCCCAACUCUGGCGGUUCCUCCCAUGCCACGUCUAGCCGAAGUUACGGGAUGUGCUGAAGCCGUCGCUGCGUUGGUUCCUGGGAACCCUGUCGAGAGCAUAUUUAUCUCUGCAGGUGAUUUCACGGAACUUACGGCAGCAGCUCUAGCCCAGUCCACGACGCCGAUCGCCGCAUUGAGCCUCGCGACCAGCUCGGCGCCACUUCCGUUGCUCGAAACUCUCGGCCGCUACCUUCCAUCUAUCAUAUAUCUCCAAAUAACAUCCACGUGUAACUUACCUGCGCCUUCACUCAACAUAUUUUACGAGCAAAUGGGCUCGGCCCUCACAGCCUUUCCUGAUCUUCAAUCAUUCCAGUUGUCCGGCAUGUACUGGAUGUCUUCCAAGCAUCCCAAGCACGACCACCGUGUUUGGCAAUCGCAUCUCUCCACUACUAAUAAUGCUACCGAUAUCUCCACGGCUCACCCAUUAAUGAACGAAGACCUCUAUUCCGCAGAUUUCUUCUUUUCCUAGUCAAUGUACUUACUUUAAUCUGAGUUGUAUCGCUUACACUAUUAAUCCACAUUACUUGUCAUCGAAA